CACAUAUUUCGUUUUGUUUUGGCUAUCAACUUCGAAGAGGAAGCCUUGUUAAAGGAAAGUUGGAAGACCAAGGUAAGAGAUGUUGAGCAACACGUUAUAUUAUCAGCUGCUAAUAGUUGCUUUAAUUUCAUCUGCCUCCUCUGUUAUCGUAUCAUCGUCAAAAGAUCUGCUAAGUCCAAAGCAAUGUGAGGAUCUGGGUUUCACGGGUUUAGCCCUUUGUUCUGAUUGCAACACUUUUGCCGAGUACAUCAAGGACAAUGAGUUGAUCUCUGACUGCAAGAAAUGUUGCACUGAAGACUCGGAUGAUUCUACAAGUAAGAUUACAUAUUCAGGUGCAAUACUGGAAGUAUGCAUGAGGAAACUAGUAUUCUAUCCAGAGAUUGUUGGUUUCAUUGAAGAAGAGAAGGACAAAUUUCCGACAGUUAAAAUUCAAUAUCUUUUCAAUUCUCCUCCCAAGUUGAUCAUGUUGGAUGAUGAGGGCCAACAUAAGGAAACUAUAAGAAUCGACAAUUGGAAACGGGAACACAUACUGCAAUUCCUGCAGAAGAAAGUUCAACCCAGUUCCGCAAGCUCGUAGACUUUUGUUCACAUUCCAGUUAUUGAAAGAGAAAGUAAAACCUAAUUCAGCAAGAUUGAGUGAUUUCUUCUUGCUAGCCUUUGUCAUUUAUAAAUUAUGUGCUUGAUCAUGACUUAUUUACUUUCUUCUGACUUAAAAGAGAUCAAACUAGAAUAAUGUAUCAUGCACCUUAAGAGAAUUCUAAAUUGGAUUAGCUGUAGUGCUGUA